GAUAUCUUUGACCCACCUAUCCUCUCUCCCACCAUUGGGACAACGUGGACGGUGAAGACGACCCAAACCGUCUCUUGGGACACCUCCAACCCACCUGAUCUCAUCACCGGCCGUAACCACAGCAGCAUCAGGCUGAUCAAAGGUGGUAGGCAGCUGCCUGUUGUUUUGGCGGACGAGUUCGAUAUCCUCCUUGGGAAAAUCGAGGUUGAAGUUCCUUGGGUUACUGAGGGCGAUGAUUAUGCCAUCAUUUUGUUUGGCGACUCGGGUAAUUGGAGCAAGACUUUCACCAUCAAAGGCGGCCCCAAUUACUAG